GCUGUCCCCAGGCAGGGACAGACCCUCGAGCGUGGCCAUCCCCCCCGAGCAGGUGCCGCAGGGCUGAGGCUGGGCCACCAUGAAGAGCCUGAAGGCCAGGUUCAAGAAGGCAGAUAGCCAGGACUGGACCAAGAACGACGAGAAGCUGCUGCAGGCCGUGGACUACAACGAUGCCGGGCGGGUCACGUCGCUCCUGCUCCGCAAGGGCCUGGUGCCCACCAAGCUGGACUCGGAGGGCAAAUCGGCGUUCCACCUGGCCGCCACACGGGGCAACGUGGACUGCCUGGAAGCAAUGCUGGCCCACGGCGUGGAUGCCAUGACCAAGGACAGCUCGGGUUACACUGCCCUGCACUUGGCCUCCAAGCACGGCCACCCUCAGUGUGUCAGCAAACUGCUGCAGGCCUCCUGCCCCGUGGAUGUGGCCGAUGGCAGCGGCAGGACCGCGCUGCACCUGGCGGCUGCCAGCGGCUGCAUCUCCUGCUCCGAGAUCCUCUGUGACUUCAAGGCUCCCUUGAACAGCAAGGACAAGGACGGCUCCACGCCGCUGAUCCUGGCUGCCAAGAUGAGCCACUCGGAGCUGUGCCGGUACCUCCUGCACCGCGGGGCCGCCGUCAACUGCCGGGACCUGCAGGGCAGGACAGCCCUGAUGCUGGCCUGCGAGAGCGGCAGCGUGGACACCGUGGAGGUGCUGGUCAGCGCCGGCGCCCGCGUGGCCGUGGUGGAUGCCACCGGCCACGACGCCGCUCACUACGGGCUGGCCACGGGCAACGCCCUCAUCCAGCACCUCCUGCAGGAGGCGGCCCAGCGCCGCUCCUGGGCCAGCGAAGAGGAGUCGACUGAGCAGACAUCGCAGACGUCUUCGCCCAGCCAGUCAUCCGUCAGGGAGAAGAACAGCACCCCAAGGAAGAGGAAGGCCCCUCUGCCUCCCCUGGGCACCUCCAGCCAGGAGGACCGGGAUGCCUACGAGGAGAUCGUGCGGCUGCGGCAGGAGAGGGCCCAGUUCCUGCAGAAGAUCCGGGGCUUGGAGCAGCAGGAGAAGCAGAGACGGGAGCGGGCGGAGCUGGAUGAGAGCUCCCUGCGCUCCAUGGAGAAGCAGAUCCGGGAGCUGGAGGAGCAGCUGGUGGCACGGGAUGGGGAGAAGGACAAGCUGGGCAAGGAGGUGGAGGCUCUGCGGAGCCGCCUGUCCUCGAUGGAGAAUGAGAAGGAGAACACGAGCUAUGAUAUCGAGACGCUGCAAGACGAGGAGGGGGUCCCACUCGAGUUCCCAGGUAUCUUGCCGGCCUCCCAAGGACACCUCGGGGAGGGCACUGGGCAGUGGGGGCACAGUGGGCACAGCCCCAGGUCCCUGUGCCCUGCAGGAGCGGAGAUGCUGCUCUCCAAGAAGACACUGAGCCCCUCGGCCGAGGAGCUGCUGGCCACACUCCAGGGGCAGGUGCAGUCCCUGACUGUGCAGAACAAGGAGCUGAGGGAGAAAAUCCAGGUGCUGGAGAACUACGAGCGGGAUGAGAGCAGCCCCGCUGCCCCGGGGGACGUGGUGCCCGCCAGUCUGUACCAGGCCCUGCAGCGGGAGCUGGAGAGGCUGCGGGCGCAGGGCAGGGAGGCCACGGCGCGGGCCGGAGGGGUCGGGCAGCGCGGGGCCUCGGAGCCCAUCCCGGAGGGAACCACGUGGCUACGCCCUGCCGAGGAGCCAGCCUGGGCCUGGGGCGAGUGCAAGGCGGCCCUGAGAGAGCUGGGGGUGCAGACAUCCUCCUCCUCUUCACCCUCCGGUGAGCGGGAGCCAGGCACGGAGCUGGCAGAGGCACGGGCGGCCCUGAAGCGGGCACAGACCGAGCUGGAGGAGCGGGAGCGGCGGCUGAAGGAGCUGCAGGCCCAGCUGGAGGCCGCGGCCUCGCCGGGAGCCUCCGUGGAGGAGACGUCGCGGGAGAAGGAAGCACUGCUGGAGCGCUGCGGGCAUGCCGAGGCCGAGGCCGAGGCUCUGCGGCGGGAGCUGGCGGCGAGGCCGCGGGAUGCGCCCGGAGCGGCGGAGGCCGAGGCACGGCUGGCGGAGCUCCGGGCCGCGCUGGCGCGCAGGGAGGCCGAGCUGGGCGCGCUGCGGGAGCGGCUGCGGGAGCACGAGGAGGAGGCUCCGGCGUGGCUGCAGCGGGCGCAGGCCGAAGGCUGGGUGCCCCGGGACGAGCACGCCCGUGCCACGGCCACGCUGCAGGAGCAGGCGCGGGCCCUGCGGGAGCGCCUGGCGCAGCUGGAGGCCGCGGCCGACGCCAAAGCCCGCGAGGCCUCGAAGCUGCAGGCAGAGCUGGCGGUGGCCGUGCCGCGGGCCCAGCACGAGGCGGCCGAGGCCGGGCUGCGGGCGGAGGCGGCGGCGCUGGCGCAGCGGCUGCAGGAGCUGGAGCGGCGGCACGAGAAGACGUGCGAGGAGGUGUUCCGUGUGCAGCGGCAGGCGCUGUUCAUGAAGAGCGAGCGGCAGGCGGCGGAGGACAGGCUGGGCGCCGUGCAGAAGCAGCUGGAGCAGGCCCAGGACGAGGCGCGGCGGCUGCGGGAGCUGCAUGGCCACGCUGAAGAUGCGGCACGGCUGGUCAGGGACAGGGACAGGAAGAUCACGGAGCUCUCCAAGGAGGUUUUCAGGCUGAAGGAAGUCCUGAACGCCCUCCCCGAGUCAGGGGGGCCUCCACAAUCCCCACCCAACACGGCCGCGCUCCAGGCCCAGAUCCGGGCGCUGGAGGAGAAGCUGGAGGAGACAGAGACGAGGCACAGCAAGGUGGUGACGCUGUACCGGAGCCACCUGCUCUAUGCCGUACAGGGCCACAUGGACGAAGACGUGCAGAGACUCUUGUGCCAGAUCCUGAGGAUGCAGCGGCUGCAGGAGCAGGGCAGAUGAGCCCCUGCCAGCACGGGUGGCAGGGGAAGUGGGGGGACAGGUCUGUCACAGCACCCUGUG